CUCGUUUGUUGCGUCACGGGGUUCCCUGGCUGUCACGUGACUCCGGGUCCCUCUCGCUGCUGCAGCCAUGAUGCAGGAAGGGUUGGACGAUGGCCCCGACUUCCUGUCAGAGGAGGACCGAGGACCUAGACCUGUCAUUGUAGAUCUCCAAACAGAUGCUAUUCUUCAGGUUGACAUUUCAGAUGCUCUUAGUGAGAGAGAUAAAGUGAAAUUUACAGUUCACACGAAGAGCUCCCUACCUAAUUUUAAACAGGAUGAAUUUUCAGUCGUCCGUCAACAUGAAGAAUUUGUCUGGCUUCAUGAUGCUUUUGUUGAAAAUGAAGAGUAUGCUGGCUAUGUUAUCCCACCAGCACCUCCAAAGCCUGACUUCGAUGCUUCAAGGGAUAAAUUGCAAAAACUAGGGGAAGGAGAAGGAUCAAUGACCAAGGAAGAGUUCACAAAGAUGAAGCAAGAGCUUGAAGCCGAGUACUUGGCUAUAUUUAAGAAAACAGUUGCCAUGCAUGAGGUCUUUUUGUGUCGUGUUGCUGCACAUCCAGUUCUUCGAAAUGACUUAAACUUCCAUAUCUUCUUGGAAUAUAAUCAAGAUCUGAGUAUUCGUGGGAAGAACAAAAAGGAAAAAUUGGAAGAUUUCUUUAAGAAUAUGGUAAAGACAGCUGAUGAAGUUCUUGUUGGAGGUGUUAAGGAUGUUGAUGAUUUCUUCGAACACGAGAAAACCUUUCUUCUAGAAUAUAAUAGCAGAAUAAAGGAUGCAGCAGUCAAGGCUGACAAAUUGACAAAAUCACACAAGAAUGUGGCAGAUGACAAUAGUAGAAUUAGCUCAUCAUUGCAUACAUUAGGAACUCAAGACUCAACAGAUCUAUGCAAAUUUUUCUUGAAGGUAUCAGAAUUAUUUGAAAAAACAAGGAAAAUAGAAGCUCGGGUGUCAGCAGAUGAAGAUCUAAAACUUUCUGAUCUUUUGAGGUAUUACCUAAGGGAAUCACAAGCUGGUAAGGAUCUCCUUUAUAGACGAGCACGGUCAUUAGUGGAUUAUGAAAAUGCAAACAAACUACUGGAUAGAUCAAGAGCUAAAAACAAAGAUGUACUUCAAGCUGAGACCAACCAGCAGUUAUGUUGUCAAAAAUUCGAGAAACUUUCAGAGUCAGCAAAACAAGAGCUUAUAGACUUUAAAACUCGGAGAGUUGCAGCUUUUCGAAAAAAUCUCGUAGAAUUAGCAGAGUUGGAGCUGAAGCAUUCUAAGGGAUACUUGCAAUUGCUGCAGAACUGUCUUGUAGCGCUCAAAGGCGACAUCUAACUGCUUUAUGAUUGUUGGGUUAACAAGGGCUGUAUGCAACAACUCUAAAUGGGGGGAAAAAAGCUUUUGUGGAUCCUUGGAGAAGAUUUCCAGCCAGGAAGAUCCACACAUUUCAGAAUUAAACAUCACCACUACAUUUGACCAGAAAAGAGAAACUUCAAUGCAGAAAAUUCAAUUCUGAGAUGCCAUAUAGCACGUCAUUUGUAUUUGUUUCUCCAGAAGCUAAAAUAUUUUCUCCAGCAGUUGCCAAUAUUUUGGAGACUAUUGUAUAUUUGGUUGCCAACUUAAUUCAUUUUUAAAAUCAUCAUGGGGUGAAUUACAAUUUUUUAAAGAAAAUGUAUCAUUAGAUCUACUCAAUAUUGUCACAAUGCAUUGUUUGACACUUAGUGCUAUUCCAGCAUCUUAAUAUGGCAUUUAGUAUUCAUUUUUUUAUAUUAAUAACUCAAGUCCAGAAUUAAGAUUUAUGUUAUGAGUAUAAUUUGUAAAUCAAAUUUAAAGUAUACCUGCCUUAAACUUGUAGAAUGAUUCCUAAUCAUUGUAAAAUAAAGUGUUAAAUAAGAGAAUGUUUUCAUACUUUGCGUUAUUAAUUUAUUUUCUAUCCAGCCAGGUAAACAGACUAAUUUCCUUUUACUCUAUACUGAUAAAUAUGUAACAGCUUGGAGGGUGGGGGCGGCGGAAAGAACUCUCUGCAGAAAGCCUGGUAGAAUGAUUUUGGCUGCAAGAUCGGCCUGUGCAUUUCUCUAUAAUGAAAAUGAUUUAAUUUUAAUUGAGUUACACAAAUCUAGUUCUUCCUUCUUUGCCUUUUCAAUAAAAUCUGCUAUUUGACAGCUCCGCCAAGAAUGCAAACAGUUACUGAUUCUCAAGUGUAGUCUGCCAAACCAGCAACUUCAAGCUAAAAUUUCCACUGCUAAAGAAGCUAACAUAUAAAUAAAUUAAUUUUUACUGGAAAAUUGUGGUCAUUCUGUGCUACCUUGACUAUAAGGUAAUGUCUAAUAACUAAUAAUUAACUUUCCCACUUUUUGAAGGAGUGAUGUACUGUAAUUGGUAAUGAUUGAAGAAUGAUUCCAAGAACCUGCCAAAUGUAAAAUUUUAAAUGUAUUUUCCAUAUUCAGGAUUUCGAUUAUAAUUUUGCUGUUUGGACUGUCCGUGUGUAUUUUAAUGUGCUAAUAUAUUUUUAGUUUCUAUAACUAUUUAUCACGACAAGCCUCUGCACUCUUCAGUGUUCCAUAACUUAACAUAGUUUCACAAGAUAUAAUCCAAAUUUGGAAGGACAAAAGCUAUAGUUUGAUUCUAUUGCUGAAUUUUUUUUACAGUUCCAGUGUACAUAGUGAUGGCAACAUGUGAAAAUGCCUGACCAAGCAUCUAAUAAUGUCACUGAGCAGUAAUACUUAAGGAUACACUGCCGAGACAUGCAUGGCUGCUUGGUAAAAUGUUAUAGCUAAUAAUUGUUAAUGUUGAACACAAAUUGGAGAAACUUCAGAAUCAUGUUGAAGUUUGUUAAAGGUCAUACAAAGGUCCGGAAAGGGCAGAAAUAAACUGGCAAACAUUGAUAAAUUACUACACCAGGGCCGAUAGUCAGAUCUAAACAUUUUAGCCUGUUAUCAA